AUGGAUGAAGACCAUGCCGAUCACGGUGACCACGUGGAUCCGUCGGUGCUGAAGCGGUUACACGGGACUUUCAUGGUGAUUGCCUGGCUGUUCUUCAAUUCGCUCGGAACUACAGUGGCAAGAUACUUCAAAAAAACAUGGACCAACCGACAGUACUUCGGCAUGCCGCUGUGGAUAUUUUAUCACCGGAUCUACAUGGUUGCCUGCUGGACACUGACCACCGCCUCCAUCAUCUGCAUUAUCGUCGAUCUGGAAACCAUCAAGGGACACGCGCACGCCGUCGUCGGCCUAACCACGUUCGUGCUGGUCUUCAUCCAGCCGAUCCUGGGGCUGGCGAAUUCCAGCCAGCAGCGUCCUGUGUCCAUCCUACGCAUCCUGCACGUUCUCAUCGGGCACACUGCGUACAUUCUCGCCGUGACGAACAUGUUUCUCGGUGUGGGACUGAAGGAGGCCAACAUUUCCAGUAUUAUGUACGGCAUGCUGGGCGGCGCACUGGCUAUCCACGUGCUGGCACAUGUGGUCUUUAAUGUUCUCGAAUAUCUCACCGUGCGCAAGGGACCGGAGCUGGACGUCAACAAGGACGCAUCGUUUUCACGCUGGCGAAAAACUACACUGAUGGUGCAAAUGAUCACACUGUACGCGUUCACCAUCGCGAAUGUGGUGUUUGUGUGGCGCGCGUGAAUCCUUCGAUGCAGCAGCAGCAGCAGCAGCAACACCUUAGGAGGGCUUCAGCAACUGGCCGACGGAGUGCACAAUGCCAAUACCGAACUGUGAUGAAUACAUUUGUCCAAAUCUCCCCACCGUUACGAGUCGCGUUUUACUUUGAGUCCCCGCGCAAAAGCGGCGAGCCACGAGACGAUAAAGCGAGCCGUGGGACGCCGAAGAUAGCGCCGAAGAUAGUGUUUCCGAUAUCGGUGGGUGCUUUAUGCUCGCGGGCUGAUAAAAAUAAAACCAAGCAUUGGGCUAUUGAUUGGGAGCACUCGAUGGGCUAAUUGGGGCCGACCGAUUGCCUUUAUCGGUAGCAUUGUUUCGUUAUCCGCCCGCGUGCGGAUGGAGAUCUG